GAGGCUGAUAGCGCGCGGAGACCAUUAUCGUCCCGGCCUCAGCUAGCAACUGAGGCAACAUUCGCACUUUUCCAAGUUUACAAAAAAACUGAGUUUUAUUUCAAUAACACAUUAAGGUCUCAAGCGGCGCGAAGAUGGCAUACGACGACCUGCUGAAGCAUUUGGGCGGGUUUGGUCGGUACCAGAAGCGAACUUACUUUCUGCUUUGCCUACCAGCUAUUACCUGCGCUUUUCAUCGCCUCGCCACCGUAUUUAUAGCACCAAAGGCGUUACACAGGUGCUUAAUGCCAUAUGAAACUGCUGGAAAUGCGAAUUUUACGCUGCCAGUCGACCGUCCGGUCAACCUCAGCCUCCCCUGGGACGAAUCGACCGGAAACUGGUCCCAGUGCCUCAGACUAGAUGCAAAUUUUACUGAGCAGUACUUCCAAGACGGGCUGCCAAAUUCUGAAACGGUUCCAUGCCAAGAUUGGGUGUUCGACCACUCAAAAUACAUGUCCAGCUUAGUUUUCGAGUGGAAUCUGGUUUGUGACAAAGGAUGGCUCAGGUCCUUGGCUGACACGGUUUUCAUGCUGGGCAUUUUAAUUGGUGCCGUAGCAUUUGGCCACCUCUCAGACAGGUACGGCCGCAAGCCGAUUUUCUUUUUCUCGCUGGUUCUCCAAGUGGUCGGCGGAGUGGCCGCCAGUUUUGCGCCUGAGUUUUUCACCUUUGUCUUGGCCAGACUCUUCCUCGGAAUGUCUACCUCAGGCGUUUACCUAGUCGCCUACAUCAUAGGGAUGGAGAUGGUGAGUCCAUCCAAGAGAAUAUACGCUGGUGUCAUCAUCCACUACUUUUUCACCAUCGGCUACAUUUUGACCGCGUUCAUCGCCUACGCAAUCAAGGACUGGAGACAACUGCAGAUCGCCCUUUCCCUCCCUGGAAUCGCCUUUUUCGUUUACUGGUGGUUCAUCCCUGAGUCGGCGAGGUGGCUGCUAGCCAAGGGAAGAGACGCGGAGGCCGAGAAGAUUUUAAAGAAAAUAGCCAAGGUGAACGGCAUCGACCUUUCAGACGGGACGCUUGACAAGUUCCUGAGGGACAGCCAGCAGGAGGGCGACAAGUCAGAGCAAACGCGACAGGCCUCAAUUUUCGAUCUAUUCAAAUACCCAAACCUGAGACGCAACUCCCUCAUCAUAUUUUUCCUUUGGUUUGUCAACAACUGCUCGUACUACGGUUUGUCGUGGAACGUGUCUAAUUUGGGCGGCAACGACUACCUCAACUUUCUUAUUUCCGGGCUGGUCGAGAUUCCCGCCUACACCUUCAUUCUGUUCGCCCUGGAUCGGCUUGGUAGGAAAGUAACGCUCUGUGGUUCCAUGUUGGUCGGCGGCUGCGCCCUUCUCCUCUGCAUCCUCGUUCCCGACGACUGCUCCUGGCUUCUGAUAACCCUGGCAAUGAUCGGGAAGAUGGCCCUGACUGCAUCAUAUGGUGUCGUCUAUAUAUUCUCCGCGGAGCAAUUUCCAACGGUUGUGAGAAACGCAGCCAUGGGAGUAAGCUCGACCGCCGCCAGAUUGGGCGGAAUUUUAGCUGCCUUUAUACACGAUUUGGCCGACGUGUGGAAGCCACUGCCCUUGAUUGUGAUCGGCACUCUUGCCCUCCUGGCAGGCGUUUCGUCCCUCAUCCUACCAGAAACCCUUCGCAAAACCCUGCCCGAGACAAUUGAAGAUGGCGAACAGUUUGGAAGGCGUAGCAAAGAAGUGAAAAAUGAAGUAACUGAGGCUGCGUGGGAAUCCAAAGAAGCAGAAAAAUAAUGGGAUUUUUUUUUUUUUUUGUAAAAAUUGCGUUUUUAACAAAAUCAACAACCUUUAUUUGAAUUAAUAUUUUAUAUCAAAAUUUUCCUCAAUCGUAAUUAGAAGCUGUGAAUGGUGUCUAUGAAGAUUCUGACACUCUCCGGGUCCAUGUCUGGAUAAAUUCCAUGCCCAAGAUUCGCGAUGUACCGCUUCUUGCCGAAUUUAUUCACCAUUUCUCUGACCGCGCCCUCCAGAGUUACCUUGCAAAAAACAGUAAUCCGUUGGAAAAGAGGCAAAAUCAUUUUGUCAAACAAAGUUAGCUCGACCGAGAAAAUUCUAAAUUUAGCAAGAUGUUGCCAACAGUUUAUCUCUUCACAAAUAAAAAGAAGUCAUGCUGAUUACUCACGUUUGGUGCGUAUAGGGCGCAGGGAUCAAGGUUGCCCUGCAGCGUGAUGUUAGGCCCCACUCUCUGCCUGGACUGCUCUGGGUCCAAAGUCCAGUCCAGACUGAUCACGUCGUAGCCACACUUGGAUAGCUCCUCUAGAGCGUAGUGUGCUCCUUUGGCAAAAAUCGUCUGAAAUAGCCUUAGUUUACAAUUUAAAUAUUUUAAAUGAUAAAAUUCACCAUUGGCACAAUUUCAAGUUUGAGCUGCUUGCAUUUUUCUUUCACUCUCUGGUUUAUUUCCGCAAUGGCAGGCAAGGCAAACUGGUAGAACAGAGCAGGACCCAAAAAGUCGGCAUUUGAUUCAAACAGUUGUAACAGCUAUUGAUUUAAAUUGGUUAGGAAUGACAAUUUGAGAGACUUUUGACGCAUUACCUGAGCACCAGCUUGCACCUGGCCUACAAGAUAGUCCACAGUCACAUCAGUAAGAAGCUGCAGAAGCUCUUUGCUGGCCUCUGGAUAUUGGUAAAGCCACGCUUUUGCCUUGGACAUGGUCUUUGUCCCACCUCCCUCAAUCAUGUAGCCCAUCAGUGUCCACUACAGAUAAAAUUUCAAAUCAACAAUAAUUAUUUUAAAUAAUGACUUGGAAAAUUUUACCGGAGCACCAGAGAAUCCAAUAAGGGGAACUUUUCCCUCCAGUCUGUGCCUAGUCAAAGUUAUAGCUUUGAAAACGUAACCAAGGGUUGCAUUCACGUCAACAGGGUGUUGAAGUCUUUGUAAAUCAGUUGGGGUUUCUAAAGGUUCCGGCAAAACUGGGCCCUGUACAAAAAUUUUAAAAUAUUAAAUUUAAUAAGUUAAAAAAAUACUUACAACUCCAGGUCUCAUUUCAACCACCAUUCCAAGGGCUUGAGGAAUGACCAAAAUAUCGGAAAAGAUAAUGGCAGCAUCUAGAUCGAACCUUUGGAUCGGUUGAAGGGUGAUUUCUGCAGCCAACUCCGGUGUUUGGCAAAUUGUGAAAAAGUCGUGUCUCGAACGCAAUUCACGGAAUUCUAAAACAAAUUGACAAUAAAAUAUUUCGUAACACAUUUAUAAAAUAGUUUAACAUACCUGGUAGGUAUCUUCCUGCUUGACGCAUGACCCACACGGGAAUUUUGUCGACCUCCUCGCCGCGAGCGGCCCUCAACAGCCUGUCGUUUUUCAGCACGGGAAACGACUGCAAAUAUUUUAUCUUGAUAUUUAGAUAUAGAAUUAACAGAAAUGCUUGCCAUUCUAGCUUCACACAGCCUCUUCGUUGAUUCAAAAUGCGGAAAAUCAGCAGCAGUAGUGAUUAAAGCACGUGUCUCACUUCAAUUAGGCUACAAAGUCUGGAGUCUCUUUGAUUUGGCUGCUGGUGUGUUGUCAUACGUGAGAUCGAAGAAACAGA